AUGCUUUGGAUACAUACCUUGAACGCUGUCCUUUUAAUUAUUGUCAACCCAAGCUUACUUAACCCUGGGCCUACUACAUACCUCAAGGUUGUUUCUUUUAAUACGCAUGGCCUGAUUCCCUUCUCACAGCUACAGUCCGACAAUCCUUCUUUUGACAACACUAAAAUAUUUGAACUCCAUCACUAUAUUCACUGCCAUGAACCGGACAUCCUCCUGAUCAAUGAAUCUUGGCUUAAAAAGUCUAUCAUUGACUCUGAAGUCAUACCUGAAUCGUACAAAGUUUUUAGACUUGAUCGUUCCUUACAAACCCAUCCACCAGAUCCACAGAAUCCAAGAAGAUUUAGGAAGCAUGGGGGUGGCGUUUUAGUUGCUAUACGUAGGGACAUUGAUAUUGUAUCUACUAAGUUAGAGUACAAGUGCCCGGCAGAGCUUCUUGGUAUAACACUCAAAUUUAGGGACGGUAGUAAACUAAUUCUUUGCAGCUUCUAUAGGGUAGGUACUUUAGGGGCCAACAAUCAUAACGCCUUCCAAGAUUAUGUUAGGAAGGCAAGGCAACGUAGAGGUGUUAGAGGUAUUGUAAUUGCAGGGGAUCUUAAUCUACCUGGUAUUGAUUGGCAGAAUUACUGUAGCAGCAAUCCGGUUGAACAGCUCUUUCUAGAUACUUUUAGUAACUUUGGUUUAGAGCAACUUAUUACCAGUCCAACACAUACUGGAGGAAACAUUCUUGAUCUAGUCUUAACCGAUAAACCCCAUCUUAUCUCCGAUAUAAAAAUUUCAGAACAUAAUAUUCCAUGUAAGUCCGACCAUUUUGCAGUCUCCUUUACUUUGAAAUCAAAGGUGAAGCGCAUCAAAUCGCAAAAGAGGGAAUCUUUAAAUUUUAAAAGAGCAAAUUGGGAUGCACUUAAUGCAGACCUUGCAGAUAUUGACUGGCAGGCAGAGUUCACUGGUAAUAUGGAAACAUCAUGGAACAAGUUUAAGGAUGUUUUAGAGCAAAGAACCAAUGAACAUAUUCCAAAGAUUAAAAUUGGAGGCAGGGCUCAACCUCCUUGGUUUGACGCUGAGUCUCAUCAGGCCUGCCUAGAAAAAGAAAGGCUACACAAAAGUUAUAAAGAAACCACGGACCCUUCCUGCAAGGCUGAGAAGUACUUUAAGUUCUCUAAAAGCAGAAGCGAUUUUAAGAAAAUUGCCUCCAACAAGAUGGCAUCUAGCUUUGAGGACGAGGAUGAUUCGAAUCUAAUUACAAAGAAAUUCUGGUCCUAUGUAAAGGCAACAUCUAAGAAUACUCGCAUACCUGAACAAAUUCACCUAGAAGAUUUCGUCUAG